AUGAAGUCAUCAGGCCAAAACCAAAAGCCUCAUGCUGUUUGUAUCCCAUUCCCAGCUCAAGGCCAUAUAAACCCAAUGCUAAAUCUAGCAAAACUCCUUCACUACAAAGGCUUCCAUAUAACCUUUGUUCACACUGAACUCAACUACAAAAGAAUAUUAUUAGAAUCAUCUGAUCAUGAAUCCCUAAAUUCUUCCUCAAGCUUCCGAUUUGAAACCAUCCCCGACGGAUUAAUAUCAUCGGAUGCACUAGCGAGUACGACUCAAGAUCUUACUGAACUAUGUGUUUCGACUCAGAAAAACUUGAGUGCUCCUUUUCGCAGCUUGCUUGAUAGGAUUGAUCAGUCCACUGAUGAUGAAAAUAUUCCUGCAGUAAGUUGUAUUGUUUCGGAUGGAUUUAUGUCCUUCACCAUUGAUGCUGCUGAACAACUCGGAAUCCCUCAUGUCUUGUUUUAUACUCUUACUGCCAUGACUCUGCUCUGUUUUUUCCAAUACUAUCCGCAAAUAAUUGAAAGACGGAUUUCACCACCUAAAGAUGACAGUUAUCUCAGAAGAGAGUUUAUGGAGCAAACCAUUGAUUGGAUUCCUGGAAUAGGCAGUAUCCGUUUAGGAGACAUACCAACACCCAUUUGGGCUACAAAUUCCUAUGACCCAAUUCUUAAUUUUAUCAUCGACCAAUGCUCAUCAACCAUAGUUAACAGAUCUUCAGCUGUAUUAAUACACACAUUUGAUGCCUUAGAACCCCAAGCUUUAACAUCACUUUCAUCCAUAUUUAAUCGGAUCUACACUAUCGGACCUCUUUCUCUCCUUGCCAAACAAAUCUCUCCAGAUACCUGUAUCGAAAAAUUGAGGUCUAAUUUAUGGAGAAAUGACUCCGAUUGCAUUGAGUGGCUCGAUUCCCGAGAUCCAGCAUCGGUGAUUUAUGUAAACUUUGGUAGCACAACGGUGAUGACGAGUAGACAAUUUGAAGAAUUUGGUUGGGGACUUGCUAAUAGCAUGAAGAAUUUCUUGUGGAUAGUUCGACCCGAUCUUGUUAUCAGUGAUGAUGUGGUUCCUCUCCCUCUCCCGCCCGAAUAUCUUUUUCAAGUUAAAGAUAGGGGCAAAAUAGUAACUUGGUGUGACCAAGUUUUAGUGUUGGAACACCCAGCUAUUGGGGGUUUCUUGACUCAUUGUGGAUGGAACUCGAUUUUUGAAAGCUUGUCUCUCGGGGUGCCAAUGCUUUGUUGGCCUUUUUUCGGGGAUCAACAGACGAAUCGCAUGUGUUGUUGCAAGAAGUGGGGAGUUGGUAUUGAGAUAGAGGAAGAUGUGAAGAGGGAAGAAAUUGAGAGGAUUGUGAAGGAGGUCAUGGAGGGUGAAAAGGGAAAAGAGAUAAAAAGAAAAGCAAUGGAGUGGAAACAGGAAAUUCAAAAGGUUGUUAAUCCGAAUGGUGGAUCUUCAUACUUGAACUUGGACAAGCUGAUUGAAGAAGUGCUUUUGUGUUGA